AUGAGCGGUAACGAUAAAAAUAAUGCUGACAAGUUCUCUCAUUACCUUUUAUCAUCUAAAUUAGAGGAGCUAGAGAAAUUAACAAGCAAUUUGUACGGUGAACUACAAGACUCAAAGAAAGUGAUGGCUGAAAUAUGUACUUUGAUGGAUAGUAUUCCCAAAGAACAAGCUAACAGACCACAACAAAGUAAUGGUCUAAGGCAUGAAGAUAUAUCGCAAUUUCUUGUGGCACCUACUCCGAAUUUGUUAAUGCCAGAUAUGUCUCAAAAUACUGUUGAUUUAGAUCUUGACAGCAUGAUCGCUGAGAUGAAACAAUACGCGGAAAGUAUAAGAAAUAAUAUUGUCCAUACUGAGUCUCAUCAGGAGCAUGCUACAAGGCCAAUAGAAACUGUAGACUGGGACCAGUGUGCUAUAAGUAUGGAUAAAUUUGGCAAGCGCAUAACGAACAUAAAGAUGGUAAAAAGCACUGGAGGUAAUAGAAACAUGGAGUUGGAAGCAAAAAUGGAUGAGUUGUGUAAGGAUGUCAAUAUGUUUACUCAGAUGGUGCAAGCAAAGACAACACUGAGUGAAAGCAACCAGAACUGGGUUUUAACUGAACAAGAUAACAGAGUCUUACUCUAUGAAGACUUAAUCAAUAAGAUACUCUUGAGUACUAAUGAGCUUUCAUAUUUACUCAAAAACAAAAAU